AAUCCAUCAAUGGCGAUCUAGUGAACACUGUUCAGCUUAAUAACAUUGUUUUCGGAUAAUCUGUCGGACUAGAAGUCGUGACAUAUCUAAACAGUUCACUCAGCUGAGUGCAUAAUGUCAGCUGACUCGAAUCCCGGGCAAUCAGAAGGGAGCUCUCCCGAGAAAGGUAGAAAAUUACGCAGACCCUUGCCAGCGACACACGAAAGAUUGCAAAAAGGAGAAUUUGAUACUGAGGAAGAAAACCCUGCAGUUAUGAAGUCCAAGCUGUCAGCAGAAGCACCAGAAUUUAUUCCAAAAUAUGCCUUGCAUUUAUUUCAAGACACCAGUGAAUCUCAGGACUCGUUGUACCAAGACUUCCAGCGGCUGGCAAAUGUGAGGCCAAACCACCUUGAUACAAGUGGUGAGAGUGCAGCGGACAGUUUCAAUGACGCUGUAUUCAGUCUCACAUCUAACCCUGGUCCUAUGGAAGAGUACAUGAAGCGGAUUGUAGACAUGUUAGAAUCUGGCAUUACUGAUAUGGCAGUCAUACAAAACAUUAUAGAAACACUUAUAGAACAGAGUAUAUCAGAAGCAAAUUUUCGUUUCACUGGGGCAAAGAUCUGUAAAUACCUGACCCAUGCCCUCAGAGCACAUCCUGCAUUUAGCGAUUUUAGGGGCUUAUUUCUACAAAGAUGUAAAAAAGAAUUUGAUAUCAGAGAAACAUUGCUGGACAACAAUAUUGACCGACUGUGUGGGCUUUCCAUGUUCAUUGGAGAGUUGUUCCUAAUAUUAGAGAUAGAGACAAAUGGUGUUACAACGCGUCUUGGGUUGUUACGUAAGGUAAUCAGUGAUCUGCUGAGAACUCUCCUUUCAAAACCGGAUGAUGUGACAGUGAAGUGUGCUACACAAUUACUCAAGCUUACUGGAACAGCCAUAAUGGAGACCAAAGAUUUGCCAAACAGCGGGAACUUUGAUGAUACCUUUGACCAAAUAAAGUCAUUAGAAAAGCACCCACAGUUAAACAAGACUAGUCACUGUCUAAUCAAUUCCGUACUGAGUCGACUGCAGUACAAUUUCGGUGUGGAUCAACAGCCCUCCCCUGUGAAGCCUAUGGCCUCCCCUCAGUAUUCCAACAGCAGCUUCAGUAAUGAGCCGAUAUUCUACAACAUUGAUGGUAAGCCAAUUAGCCGUGAGGAGGCAGGGUUUGCAGCGGCAGAUGACAGUGACUUUGUGGGCAUGAGUCGGGAGGAGCAGGAGGCAUACCUACAGUGGGAGGCGGAGACCUACGCCAGUCAGCAGGGCUGGAUGGGGCCAGGGGCAGAGCUUGCAGGGGACAAUGGCUGGGGGGAGGAGCCUCAGGAGGCGUGGUCCACUGGGAUGGGCAUGGAUGACUACACACAGUGGUCUGCUGAGCAGGAGCAGGGAGGUGAAUACUACCCAGACUACGGCAAUGAAAUGGACGACGAAAUGGCCGCAGCUUACGAAAUGUUUCUCAAAGAAUCGGGACAGAAUCGACACUGAUCUUCACCAGGAGGCUUUGUUCUUUCAAUGUUCUUGAAUGUGCUCAGAGUAGAUCAUAGUUGCUAUUUGUAUUUCUUGUCUUGUAAUAUUUGUUCUUUGAUUACCUAAAGGGUCAAUAUGCAUAUAUGUAAUGUAUAUGCAAAGGUUGAUAGGUCAUUUGGCUUUCAAGGGACAUGUUCUGUUAUCUAUUUUUUGCAUUUUUAUGCCCCCAGUAGGGUGGCAUAUAGCAGUUGAACUG